AUGGCGAAAUUUGAUAACUUAUGGUGUGACUCGGACGAGGGCGAUCUCAGCGAGGACGAAGAAACAUUUUCAUAUAAUAAUGUUGAGCAGGAUAUGCAGAGGGAAUUAGAUAACUCCAAUGAGGUUACCCUACUGGCCAUGUUUGAUGAACAUGGACAGCAAUUGGAGUGUCCAAGUCUCCCUUUAGGACCCGCACCUUACACUGAGCCAGCACAAGUAAAUCCACCAUUACCAGUGUCACCAUCUUCUUCGCGAAAUGUUCGUCCAGAAGUGGUCGUUGUCGUUGAGCGGUUAGAUGAGGAGACCAGCAACGAGUACUUGUUGGCGGACCAGCAUGAAGUAUAUCACGAGGAGGUGGUGGCGAGUUCGAGUGGUGGUGCUGUGCGAGGCGUGCGGUUCCCAGCGACGGCAGCAGCAGGCGGGCUAGGGAAGCUCGAGAGCGGAGGGCCGAAAGGAGAAGGAUGGAAGUAG